AUGAAAAAAGGAUACUUGAAAGUAUUAGCUAGUGGUGAUUACGAUAUUAACGAACGGAAUAACCCUAUUGCGAAUACUAAUUAUAAAUAUACUGAUAAAGUGACUCAUUAUGAGGAAAUUAAAUUUUCAAUAUUAACUCAAAAACGGACUUUCGAUCGACUUUCGAUCAUUGUUAUACUAUCAGUUGCUAUUUUUAUACUAAUACAUAACUACUUUGCAUUCGGUGUUUCUCUUCUAGAUGUUUUUAGUCUGAUAUUUAAUAUGGGAAUAAUGACGCCUCUCGGUAGAUUGUCGAUGCGGAUUAUGUUUGUCAUAGCAUCUUUUUUUAUUUUUUCGACAUCUUCGGCUAUUCAAGAUGAAAUAUCGGCUCUUCUAGCAGGACCGUCUCGUUACAGUAUUGAGACUUUGCAAAAUUUGUACGAUCAUCGUUAUCAUGUCUUUUACGAUCAGGAGUUACAUCAGGAUAUCUUAAACCAAAAUAUCUGGGUUACUGAUGACGAUAAAAAAUUCUUGCAUUCUUCUGAUUAUCGUGAACUAAUAUUUCAAUGCACCAAAAAUGUUCGUCAAAAUUCAACAAUCGCUUGUAUUUAUAGAACUUCUUUACAAUUAGCAUUCAUGAAAAAAUUUCCAAACUUGUAUAUGUCUAAAAAUCCAGUUUUUACAAAUUAUUAUGCACCGUGGACCCGGAAGAACUGGGCCUUGAAAAAGAAAUUUGACAAAAUCGGACAAAGCGUAUUUGAUUCCGGGCUUAUGAAUUAUGAUGAUAGAAAGCGGAUUAUUAAUCGAUUAAAGAAAAUAAGAAAGAAAGAAAGAAUUAAAGCCUCUGAACAAAUGGACGAAGUAACCGAAAAUGAUUUAAUCCCUACUUACAAAAUUUUUGGGGUUAGUUUGAUCAUAGCGUUAUUAAUUUUUUGUGUCAAAAUAAUGAUAGAAAAACUAUCCACUCAUCCUAAAGCCGAUCAUAAGCAAACGGUGUCAAGAGUUGAACCAAAAAUUGUACGCUCUAAACGUCGAAAGACUUUAAAAAAACACAAACGAAAUCGUAAUCGAAGAUCUUGGUUACCGUGA